CUACUGACUUAACUCUGGAACAUGCUUACUUACUUACAUCUGUACGUCAACUACCGAACGAGCAUUCAGAGUUGUAAACCCUAUUUCAACUAUCGGGAAUUGUAACUGAAAAUAAUGAUGUCAUUUUCCCCGUUAAAUUCUUCUUAACUAACAUUACGCGAUAACGAUUGUCAACUACAGCAUUUUUAACUACUAUGAAUUUCAUUUUAUAAUACUACGUAAUAAUAAACAUAAACAUAAACAAAGGCACCCAUAGUUCCAUCUAUGAGAAAAUACCAACACUACUUACUAGCCGAUUUAAAUACGCGAAACAAAACUAGCAGCUGUUUACAAUCGACUUUUUAACGUUCACGUAUUUUUGAGGUUAUUCGAGAAUUACAUUAUCAACAAAAUGAUGUUAUUAAUGAGGCAUUGUGAAAGCAGUAUUCUCCAGAGAGGUUCAAAAAUUACAAAGCUUUCAUCACUUUGUUUCUCAACAAAUACUGACGAAGAAUUUCGUACAUUGGAUUUGUAUCCAAUAACAGAACCAUUUAAGAAAAAACCACCGUUCGUGCGCCCAAAAGUUACGGCACCAGAAGAAACAAUGUCUACAGAUCAGAAUUGGAAUUCAAUUUGGCCUACUGCACGUACAUUUCAUCCUACUAUUGUACCACUACCUCUACGGCAAGGAUAUAAACAUAAUAAGAGACCACACCCAGAUAAAUAUGCUAAUGCAGAACUCAUGAAAAUACCAAAUUUUUUACACCUUACCCCACCCGUAGUUAAAGCACACUGUGAUGAAUUAAAAAAAUUUUGUACAAAAUGGCCACAGGAAUUAGAAACCGAUGAAGCUUGUGAAAAAUAUUUUCCUGUUGAGAUAAUUACCUCAGAUUAUUGUUAUUCUUCUCCUACGAUAAGAGAACCUUUAGCAAGAAUAGUGAGUUUGAGAUUAAAAUUGUCCUCUUUAAACUUAAAUGCUCAUGCUAAAGAUAAAAUGCUUAGGCUAGUAAGAGAGAAAUACAAUCCUCAAACAGGCAUAUUAACGAUAGUUUCUGACAAAUGUCCAAUUAGGAAGCAAAAUUUGGAUUAUGUUAAUUAUCUUCUCACUGCUUUGUUCCACAUAUCUUGGCGAGUUGAACCUUGGGAGAAAGAAAAGUAUGAAGCAGACAUGGAAUAUUAUGAUUGGGAUAAAAGUAAAAGUCGAAAUACUUUAAUAACUGUACUUUCCUGGCCAAAACCACCAACAGAUUUCAAUUAUGAAGAUAUACCACAUGCAACAGAAUACAAAAUGGCCAUUUCAGAUUUGAUAAACAAUGGAGAAGAUCAUUUUACAAUAGACAAAUACAAACAAGCUGUUAUAAAAGUAUUAAAUCUCAAUUAUGAAGAGAACACAGAAUAAGUGCUACUAAGCAUUGCAAUUUUCUAAUACAGUUUUCAGUUUCAUUCUUACAAAUCAUUCAUGCAGGAAAUUUAAAGUUCUCCAAAAUAAAGAUAGUAACUGCAAUUACUUCACCUAUUAUUUAUUAGUCAAGGACAUGCAUUAUUGCAAACAUUAUCCUUUAACAAUUCGAAGAAAUCUUGUUGUAAGUUUUUGUAUUCAUUGCAUUAUAUAAUAUUGCAUUAUAUACAAUAU